AUGAGCAAUAGCGAUAGUGAAACUGUAGUUACUCAAGAAAAUGGUCCUGUGGGAUCAACGACUGAAAAUGUACCACCAGUAGUUGAAGGGACAAAGGAUGAUAGUAAUGUUGAGAUUAAGGAAAUUAUAGAUGAUGUACAAACAUCAUCAGCAGAUGUUAAGGUAUCAUCAAUUAAUUCCGAGGUAAUGGAUGAUUCAGUUAAAGUUGCCAGCCAUGAUGGUGCUAGUGAUGAUUCAUCUAAUAGGAAGAUUGAAGAUGUUCCAAAUGAUGUUGUUGAUACAUCCUCAAAUGAUAAAGUGAUGGAUACUGAGCCAAGUGAGGUCGUUGCUGAAAGCGUUAAGGAAGAUGUUAAAAUGGAAGAUAAAGAUGCAAUAUCCGUUCCUGAAGAGGCAAAUAAGGAGCCAGUUCUUGAAAAUGACUCCGAAGAAAAUCAAUCUGAAAAAAAAGUAGAAGAGACUCGUGAAAAGAAAGAUGAUGGGAAAAAUGUUGUCAUGGAGGGUACUGAUGAUAACUGUGAAGUUGAAACUCCAAAGUCAACAAAAAGCAAAGUCGAAGAUGAAAGUAUGGAUUUACCACUGGACGAUUCUAAUGCUAAAAAUGAUGAUGUAAAUCAGGAUCUUAAAAUUACUCCCAAAACCCGUUUGAGAAAUACAACUGUCUCCGACAGCAGUGAAUCAAAAGAUGUUAAGGAAGAAACAGCUGUUGGAAAACGUGGAAGAAGAUCUAAAUUGACAAAAACAACCAGUGACAGUGAUCAGAUAAAUGAUACUCCUGAAAAAACACCAUCUACAGCAAAGCGAGGUCGUAGAGUUUCAAAGGUUCAAAGUAAAACUGGUGAGAGAAAAGUUGUUGAGGAAAGUGAGGUUGAAGCAGAACCAAUGGAAGUAGAUGAAGAUAUUGAAGUUAAAACACCAAAAAGAGGAAAGAGAGUUACUCAAAAGAUCACACCAGUUGUUGAAAGCAAGAAGAGAGGAACUAAGCGAAGAAUUAAUGAAGAACCUCAAAAGGAAACUAAAAAAGCUAAAUCAGAUGAAGAUGCCUACAAUAUUGAUAAUCUUGAUGAACAUCCAGAUUUGGGUGAUUCUUUCAAGUUGGAGAGGCAAUCUAAUGGAGGUGCUAAGUUCGUUGCAACUUCUAGUUACAAAAAAGGACGUUUUUCUGAAAUUGAGAAAGCUGCUAAAGAGAGAAAUGCUGACUCUUUUAAAGAAGAAGAUGAAGGAACUAUUGAGCCAAAAGGAAAGAAAUCUAUUUCCCUUUUAACUUUAAAUGAUAAGAAAUUGGUUUCUCAAAUUGAUGGUGAUGUGGAGAAAAAAGUACUCAAAACACCUAAGACAAAAUCAAUAGUAAGAACUCCUAAAUCGAAUUCAAAGAGUUCAAAAACUACACCAAAAAAUAUAGUUAAAACACCUGCAAAAAUUACAUCUACUUCUGCAAAAAAUUUAGAUGUCUGUGACUUUAUACUUCCUGAAAUGACAGAGGAUUCGCAAUUUGAUGCAGACACUAAAUUUGACAUCGGCGAUGUUAAUCAAUACGCUCGUGUCUACGCUUCUUACUGUGGUAUUUGUUAUGCUGCUGUUACCACAGGAAAAUCUACUGUGAGCUCAUUUGAAGUUCAAUUUAAGGACGACAAAGUCAUGAAAUACAUUGCUCGUGGAGGUAUUUACAGACUUCAAGAGUUAAUGACAGGAUUGGAAGUAGAAUUUAUGGACGGAGAGAAUACAUUUGAAGGUGUAAUCAAAAGUGUUCCAGAUUCAACUAAAGCAUCGGAUUUCUACAAAGCAAAUUUCAUUGUCGAAAAAAAAGACGAUGAUGGUAAAACUUCUGAAGUCGUUGUAAAUUGGGCAAAAAUUAUUUUAGACAAGAGUGUUCUUAAAAAUCUAAAGAAUGUUGAAGCUGAAGUCAAAUCUAUUGGCAAAACUCCAAAAAGAAAAAAUCAAUUGUAG